CCAUUUUCAGCCUGUCCUUAAAUACUGCACCAACUCCACACACCUCACUCUCUAAUUUUCUUUAGUUGAGAGAAGCGAGAAGAAAGCAGCGAUUAUGUCUGGAAGAGGCAAAACCGGAGGAAAAGCCCGUGCCAAGGCCAAGACCCGCAGUUCCCGUGCUGGUCUGCAGUUUCCAGUCGGUCGUGUCCACCGUCUUCUGCGGAAAGGAAACUACGCUGAGCGGGUAGGUGCCGGUGCUCCUGUGUAUCUGGCCGCUGUGCUCGAGUACCUCACCGCUGAGAUCCUGGAGUUGGCGGGCAAUGCCGCCAGGGACAACAAGAAGACCCGUAUCAUCCCCCGUCACCUUCAACUCGCCGUCCGCAACGAUGAGGAGCUGAACAAACUGCUUGGCGGAGUGACCAUCGCUCAGGGUGGCGUCCUGCCCAACAUCCAGGCCGUGCUCCUGCCCAAGAAAACUGGCCAGGCCGCCCCGAGCUCCGGCAAGGCGGGAAAGAAGGGAUCCUCACAGUCCCAAGAAUAUUAAACAGUGGUGCGAACUCUGACUGCCUGAACACAAGCCCAAAGGCCCUUUUAAGGGCCACCCAGCUCUUCUGAAAAAGAGCGAUUUCCACGGUUUCUCUGUUGAUUUGUUUGUUUGUCUUUUCUACGGUUGCCAAUAAACGUAUUUCUCGAACUUA